CAAAUAAUUACACCAAACUUAAAAAUAACCUAAAUAGAAAAACCCCUAGCAAAUACCUUGCAUUGUAAAAUGAGAAAUUAACCACUUGUUUUUUUAAUUCCCAUUAUCCACAAACACAGAGACCCAUACAAUCAAAUCACCAUUAAAUUAAAUUAUAAUUAACAACACACUGCAAAAAAUAAAAUAAAAAAGUAGGGGUACCCAGUACAAAAAAAAGUAAAGAGAUUUGCAGAUAUUCAUGAACAACAGCAAUUCAGCAAAGAAAAUUCAAAAACUUGGGAAUAUCCCACCUCCCACCUUAUAUAAAAAGGCAAGGGCAAAAUUGUCAUAAAAAUUUUCGAUUUCCCGCCCAAGACGCAUGGUCUAAUUCAUUAAAUUACCAUAUUUUCCUUCCUUUUUUUUUAAUUUAAUUUUUUUUAAAAAAAUAGUGGUAGUACUACUAGUCUACUACUGCCCUUCUCUCACUUCCUCCAUUUUUUCUCUAUCCUCACCUCUUCACAUUCUUCCUUGAGCAAACCAACUUCUUCUGCAAAUUCUUCUUCCAUUUUCUCUCUCUUCAAGGUUUUGAUUUUGGAAGAGGUUAGGGUUUGAUAAUGGCAGAGGAAAAUGAAAUGAAGGUUGAUGAUCCUAACGUUGAUUCUCCUACUUCUGUUCUCGAAGACGAGGAUAUAGUAAAGGAAGAACCUGAAGUUAGCGAUGUACUUAUAGAAGCAAAAAAUGGAGAUGCUAUUCUUAUAUCGAAAGAAAUGGCAGAGGAAGAAGAGAAGCUGCUUGAAGUGAGAGUGAAAGAAGAAAUUGCUGAGAAGGAAAGAUUGGCGGCUGAGGCAGCCACCCUUAACGAGUCUCAGUUUUCUAAGUUGGAUGAUCUUUUAAGUCAAACACAGCUCUACUCUGAGUUCUUGUUGGAAAAGAUGGAUGACAUUACAUUGAAUGGAGUGGAAGAACAGGAAGAAGAAGAGCUGAACAAAGGAAAAAAGAGAGGGCGAGGCGGUAAGAAGAAAGCUGUACAAUAUAACGAUAAGAAAGCUAAGAGAGCAGUUGCAGCUAUGAUUACUAGAUCUAAAGAAGGUACAGCUGCUGAAGAUACUGAUCUUACUGAGGAAGAAAGAAUUGAGAAGGAGCAGUCUGAUCUUAUACCAUUGUUGACUGGUGGGAAGCUGAAGUCUUACCAGAUCAAAGGAGUGAAGUGGCUUAUUUCUCUCUGGCAGAAUGGUCUAAAUGGAAUCCUAGCUGAUCAAAUGGGACUUGGAAAGACAAUUCAGACCAUUGGGUUUCUGGCUCAUCUUAAAGGAAAAGGUUUGGAUGGGCCUUAUAUGGUUAUUGCUCCUCUCUCUACUCUGUCAAACUGGAUGAAUGAAAUGAUUAGGUUUACGCCAUCAGUGAAAGCCAUAAUUUAUCAUGGUGAUGCAAAAGAAAGGAAUCAGAUACGCGUGAAACAUAUGCCCAAAAGCAUUGGUCCGAAUUUCCCUAUAGUUAUUACUUCUUAUGAGGUAGCUCUAAAUGAUGCCCGUAAACACUUGAGGCAUUACAAGUGGAAAUAUGUUAUAGUUGAUGAGGGCCAUCGUCUGAAGAAUUCAAAUUGCAAGCUAUUCAAAGAGUUGAAGCGUUUGCCUAUUGAGAACAAGCUUUUGUUGACUGGAACACCAUUGCAGAAUAACUUGGCUGAGCUGUGGUCGUUAUUGAAUUUCAUUUUGCCUGACAUAUUCUCAUCUCAUGAAGAAUUUGAGUCUUGGUUUGACCUGUCAGGAAAGCGUAGCAAUGAAGAAGUGAAGGAGGAAGUAGAAGAGAAAAGGAGGGUUCAGGUGGUAGCCAAGCUACAUGCCAUAUUACGUCCAUUUCUCCUUCGCAGAAUGAAGGCUGAUGUUGAACAAUCUCUCCCCGGCAAAAAGGAGAUAAUUUUGUAUGCUACCAUGACUGAGCAUCAAAAGAAUUUUCAGGAACACCUCAUCAAUCGAACGUUGGAAAAUCAUUUAGUGACGAAUGUAAGCUUAGGACCUGUACCACGUGGUUUUAAAGGAAAGCUUAAUAAUCUGAUGAUUCAACUCAGGAAAAAUUGCAAUCAUCCAGAUCUCUUGGAAUCUGCUUUUGAUGGAUCAUACUUCUAUCCUCCUGUGGAACAAAUAGUUGGACAGUGUGGCAAAUUCCAGCUGCUGGACAGGUUGCUGGCUAAACUCUUUGCCCGAAAGCACAAGGUUCUUAUAUUCUCUCAGUGGACCAAAAUUCUUGACAUAAUGGAUUACUACUUCAGUGAGAAGGGAUUUAAGGUUUGCAGAAUUGAUGGCCAUGUGAAACUUGAAGAUAGGAGGAGGCAGAUUAAUGAUUUUAAUGACAUAGACAGCGAAUAUAGAAUAUUUCUUCUCAGUACAAGGGCUGGUGGAUUAGGAAUAAACCUUACUGCUGCGGACACUUGUAUUCUCUAUGACAGUGACUGGAACCCCCAAAUGGAUCUGCAGGCAAUGGAUCGUUGUCACAGAAUUGGUCAAACUAAGCCUGUUCAUGUUUACAGGCUUGCCACUGCACUAUCGGUUGAGGGUCGUAUGCUGAAAAGGGCUUUUAGUAAGCUGAGGCUUGAACAUGUAGUCAUUGGUCAGGGGCAAUUCAAGGCUGAAAGGACAAUGAAUAAUAUUUUGGAGGAGGAGGAUCUGCUGGAACUUCUCCGAGAGGAAGAAGAUGCUGAAGAUAAAAUUGUGCAGACAGAAAUCAGCGAUGAAGACCUUGAAAAAGUGCUUGAUCGUACUGACUUGCUAAUUGCAUCAGGUGAUAAAGGGGAGGCUGAAGUUGAGAAAUUUGUGCUGCCCCUCAAAGGGCCUGGAUGGGAGGUGGUUAUUCCGACCGCAACAGGUGGUGUCUUGUCCACUCUUAAUAGCUAGUAGUCUAAUGCUACUCUUUACCAGUGAACACGGGACUCCCCUAGUGCAUUUUAUCAGCAGGGGGCUGGUGUGAUUUUUUUGCGAGGUUAGUAGAUUAAUCUUUGUGCACCGUGGGAGAAUAUCUCCUGCUCCUUUCAUUUUGUUUCAUUGGCAUUUAAAGAGUAGGAAUUGCCAUGAGAAAGGAAGCUGGAUUUUGUAAAUUACGUUGUCAGCUGUGUAGAUUUUUUGGUCCUGGUGUUCUGACUCUUAUUAUCUAUGAAUUAAUCGACAGUUUAUGGGGCAGUAUAUAAUGGGGUUUUUUUCAAUGUUGCUCUCUAUAUAAGCUAGUUGAACUUGGAAGCUGAAAUAUGGCACCUUCAAGGUUUAAACCAACACUUUUGGCCUAUGUUAUACCUCGGGAAAAAAAGAAUUCCGUUGCCGGGAAUCGAACCCGGGUCUCCUGGGUGAAAGCCAGAUAUCCUAACCGCUGGACGACAACGGAAGAUGUUGAUCUAAUCAUUAGUUUAUGAAUUUGAUAAUCUGAAUAAAGUAUCGUUUACAACACACUAAUUACAGGCUCAAAGUAUUGUUAUAC